AUGGCCUCUCCCGCGUUUCCCCAGAGGCAUCUUGAUGCAACGGCAGGCAGAGAAGUCGUCUACUGCUAUGGCUGCGAAAACGAGUGGUAUCGCGAGGACUAUCCCCACCUGGACCUAGAAUGCCCCAGGUGUCACAAUGAUUUCGUACAGAUCGUCGAACCCGACAACGACCCCCGGCCAGGUGUUCAGCAACAAGGUCCCCGUUCAGACUCAGACCCGGACGAAGAGGACAUAGAUGAAUACUUUGCGAGUCGAGAUGGUCCCGGGUCCUUCUUCAUGCGGCGAUCGGUAUACCACUCGCCAGAUAGUCCGUUCCAAAGUCCCUUCAACCUUCCAGGUGGCAACGACGCUGAGGACCUCAACGGCAAUCCAGGCCGGCCCCGCGUCCGUCCAGAUGAUUCUGGCGAGGCCGUUUUGUCGCGGUUCGCCGAUAUGUUCGUCCAGCUAGGCGGCACGAGGCCGGGACAACAAGGAGGCAGCAUCUUUGGGUCACAGCCACAGAUACAGCGUACAACUUUCACCAGAUCAGGAGACGGCGUGGCUAGUGUCACCCUCACGACAACGACAACCACAGGAGGCGCACCGGGAGACGGGCCGGAAGUGCCCGCUUUUGACACUCUGUUUAGGGGUCUCCUUGGCAACCUCCCGUCACCGGGCGCAGAAGACCCCGGUGGUGGUCCGGGCCAAGGCGGCGGCCAACGAGGGCCUCCUGGGUUUGCCACUGCCCUGCAGGAGUUCCUCGCUACGAUGCUGAACCCGCAGACGGCGGUUCAUGGCGAUGCCGUGUUUACCCAGGAAGCACUCGACCGCAUCGUAACGACUCUCAUGGAGGAUAACCCGCUGUCCAACGCGGCUCCUCCAGCAUCGCAAGCCGCUAUUGAGAAAUUGCCCAAAAAGAUGCUCGACGAGCAGAUGGUCGGCCCCGAGGGUAAGGCCGAAUGCACCAUUUGCAUUGAUGACAUGUACAAGGGCGACGAGGCCACUGUGCUACCGUGUAAGCAUUGGUUCCACGGGGAAUGCGUCGCCUUAUGGCUUAAGGAGCACAACACGUGCCCUAUUUGCCGGAUGCCGAUCGAGGGAAAUAGUUCAUCCGGGAGCAACAACAACAACAGCCAAAACUUCCAACCGUCCGAAUCACGCCAAGAAGCCAGUGCCAGCUCUACAUCAGCCUUUUCUUCGUCAACCGCUCCAGGACGGAACCCCUUCGAAUCGCUAAACCCAUUCGGACCACGAAGCCAAUUACCCACAGAUCGACUUCGCCGCAACGAGCAGGAAACGGAAGAGCGUCUCAACCGAAUCCGUAACGCGGCCGGCAUUGGACGCACCGACUCCCAAGGGCAAUCCGAGGGAAUUUCGCGGCGUACCUCACACUCGCCUCCCAGCCGCGAGAACUCCAGUUUCAACAUGCGACCGCGCGUUAGGGACCCGUCGCCACCGAGAGAUAGGGGUACCUCGACGGCCUGGCAGCAGAAUACGAGCAGCAGCAGCAAUUCGCAGAGCAACAUCAGCAACAGAUACAGCGGUGGACUCGCCAGCCUCUGGGGCCGCAGUAACAGUAAUAGCGGAGAGGGAAAUUCACGAAACCGUGAAGCGGAGGGACAACGUGAGGGGGGAGGACAACAGCAGCAACAACAACAGCAAAACCAACAGCAGCAGCAGCAGAGUACGAGUUCUGGAAAUGGCGCGCUAGGGUGGCUUAGGGACCACUUUGGCCGGGGUUCCGGUUCUGGAUCUGGCUCGGAUAGGGAUAGGGAGCGUAGGCGCUGA